CAGGAAAGGUCAAGAGGUCGAAUCAAGCCUGAUCUAUUGAACGAUUACGAUUCUGGGUCGUGGGCCCUGCUCGAAGUACCAGUCGUUGCAUGGUCGGACUCUGCUGUCUUUGGUUUACCGUUUAUGGAUAAGAAUGUAGGUUAUUUAUUCGUAAUAAUUUGUAAUAUGUUUUUUUGUAAAUUGCUAUAA